AUGAGCGCUUUAGAAAUUCCCUCCCAAAGUUUUGAAGUCAGUGAUGUCGAUGAGCCAGGUUUUGCUUGUACAAUCAAGAUGUAUCAACAAAAUUCACCGGCAAUCAUUACUAUGCCGUUGAUACGUGGUAUGGCCUACGCGACAUUUGAAUUUGUUUCUGCAACACCGCGUAUCUCCACUAUACAUUCUAUGCUUACAGUCAAUGGACGAGUCUCUGGUAAUAUGACUGGGAAGCGUUUCGAAAUAGCUCUCAACAAUAAUCAAACAUGGCUAUUGUAUGCUAUUGAUAGUGAUAUCACAUUAAACUUCAAUGAAAAUCAAUUCGUAGGCAUUGAGCCUGUGACUAAUGUCCUGCAUCUGGCUAAAAAACAAGCUGAAGCAUCAGCGAGUGCUGUGCUCGAUGCACAAGUUGGAGUGUAUCCCGUGGGCUGCCAACUACAGGCCAAUGUCACAAGAUUCCAAGGUUCAUACAUAUUCAAUUGGCAACUAAAAGGUGACCUGAGUAAGACUCUACUUCAUUUCACCUUUCCUCAUCAUCGGCAAAUUCUUUCGCCAGUUUGUUGUCAAAUCACAAAUGUUCGAGCCAUGUCGGCUAGUAAAGGUCUCAUGAUAGGCUAUCGGGCCAAUACAUGGAUACUGACAGAAAACUCUCUCUCUACUAUGGAUUUUCUAGCACCACGUUCACCAGCACCUCAAUAUAAAGACUUGAUUGUAGCAGAAUUGAAAAAGGAUCUUGUGAUUGCAACUAAUUUGACAGUGCCAGAUUAUUACUUUAUUGGAAAAGAGUUUCACAAAUAUGCUUUACUUUGCUUGUUAGCUGAAUACUAUCGAGAAACAGUUGAGUUGGAUCGAUGUAUGAGGAUACUUCAAGCAGGCUUUGAAGUGCUCAUUACGGGGAAAAAUACCAAUUCUCUACGCUACGACACAACGUGGUCCGGACUGGUCUCGUCAGCCGGCUUAGGGUAAGUUUGUCUUGCACUCAAGAAUUCUCAUACUAAAU